GCUUUUCGCCCGGACUCCCACCCUAGCGACGCGCGCCUCGUUGCUAGGGGUGGAGGCACCUGAGGCUGUGCAGCGUGGAGGCUGCGGUCGAUCUUUGGCUCCGCGUCCCCGCCGGCCUCAGCUCCGGGCUGGGUAGCCUGCCGAUGGGUUUUUGGAAAGCAAAUUGGGGCAGAAAUGGAUCCUGGGAUUCAGAUUUAGGCCUGGUUCCAUGAAGAACCAAAACGGACAUCCAGAGCCAUAAUUGAGUUUAUGGCUUUCCCAAGUUCUCGCCACCCUUUCCAGGCCUGAAGUUGGAUGGGGCAGGAGAUUAAGAAGUGGCCACCUGAACUAUUUUCCAAAGGAUAAACAUUACAAGGCAUUGAAUACAGCAGUUCACCAAGAAGAUCCUAUUGGUUUGGGGGGAACACAACUUCCAGCAGCCACAAGGGAUGCUACUACUCAGGUGCCAACUGAAACGAGCUCUUCCACAGAAGGUUUUGUGUGGGUCCUGUGCCGUGAUGGGGAAACUGCAAAGCAAACUAAAGCACAGCACUUAUAAAUACAGCAGGCCAGAUGGAAUUAUAGAAGAGAGAAUUCAAACCAAAGCUUUUCAAGAAUAUAGCCCAGCUCAUGUGGAUACUGUCUCUGUCGUUGCUGCUCUGAACUCAGACCUUUGUGUCUCUGGAGGAAAAGAUAAGGCAGUUGUGGUCUAUAAUUGGAAAACUGGAAAUGUGGUGAAAAGGUUCAGAGGACAUGACCGUGAAAUCACUAAGCAGAUAGCCUGUGUUCCCAAAUCAAACCAGUUCUUCAGCGCCUCUCGGGACAGGACGGUCAUGAUGUGGGACUUGCAUGGUUCCUCACAACCAAGGCAGCAGUUUUCCGGCCAUGCCAUGGUGGUCACUGGAUUGGCUGUGAGUCCAGACUCAUCACAGCUGUGCACUGGGUCUCGGGAUAACACCCUGCUUCUGUGGGACGUGGGAACCGGACGGUGUGUGGAGAGAGCAUCCAUCUCCAGGAACUUGGUCACUCACCUAUGCUGGGUCCCCAGAGAACCAUAUAUACUACAGACUUCUGAAGAUAAAACCAUCAGAUUAUGGGACAGUCGGGGGCUGCAGGUAGCUCAUAUAUUUCCCAUAAAGCAACACAUUCAAACCUACUGCGAAGUCAGUGAGGAUGGACACAAGUGUAUCUCCUGCAGCAGCGGCUUUGGAGGGGAAGGCUGCGAAGCCACGUUGUGGGACCUAAGGCAGACACGGAACAGAAUAUGUGAGUAUAAGGGGCAUUUCCAGACUGUUGCAUCCUGUGUCUUUCUACCAAGAGCACUGGCCUUGAUGCCUGUAAUUGCUACCUCAUCACAUGACUGUAAUGUGAAGAUUUGGAACCAAGAUACUGGAGCUUGCUUAUUCACUUUGUCUCUGGAUGGAUCAGGACCUUUGACUUCUCUGGCCAUUGGUGACACCAUCUCCUUAUUGUGUGCAAGUUUCAGCAGAGGAAUUCACUUACUCAGAGUGGACCACAGCCAAGGGCUGCAACUGCGGGAAGUGGCAGCAUUCUGAGGCCAAGAGACAUUUGCUGGACAAUAUCAAACCGUGGCCCUUCCUAUCUCAGUGUGGCUUUGUGUUUUUCCAUAUUAUCUUGGGGGGAGUAUGAGGUGGGGCUAACGUUCUUUGCUUGGGUUUGUUAGAAGGUAUGUCAGUGUGAGAAGUCAAUUUAAGUCCAGUGGUUCAAAAUCAGGUGCAGAGUUUAGAAACAUGGCCUAAACAUAAGGUUCUCAAUCUACGUCAAAUCCAAAUGCAAUUUUUAGUGAGCUUUUCAGACUACUCUUCCAAAACAAGAAAAAGUUUUGGCUCAAAAUGAUGACCUGUAGGUAUAAGGAUGAUAGGCCUCCACCUGUGAGCGCCAGAACACAGGGUCUGAGUCUAUUGAACUGACCUUUUGAUGUCUUCACAAAAGAAAAAAAUGCAAGGAAGAGAGAAACUCUGUUUUGGUUGCCCCGGCAUGAUCUAGAUGGGAAAGAAUAGUACAGCUCCUUGGAAGACAUAGGUUGUACAUAUAAGCCUCAGUAAGCUCCAGUCACCGCCUCUCAGCAACGUGAAGAAUCAAAGUUAGGGCAAGAAAGCAAAAUCUUUGGCUUCUACUCAUAGCAGCAGAGAGGGAGGUGGCAAGUCCCUGCCAAUUCUCAGUAUCUUCCUAAACCGGUGCAGAGGUUGCAUGAAAAUAAGGCCUGAGGAGGCUCGAAAAGGCUGAUAACCACAGGGCCCUGCCCAGAAUUAUAGGAGCUAUCGAACUGGUUCUGUGGAUAAGAAAAUGGAGAGGUUGCGAGAUUAAGGCUUAAAAAAUUCAUUUGUACAUUUUAAUAUUUUUAUUUAGUUUUAUAUAAACUCUUUUCAGGGACUGGCCAGAGGGAGGCAAAGGGAAUGUCUGCUGUCACAACAGAACAUCUAGAAAAAUGUAGAGCCAUGGACUCAAAUGUGCCGGCCAUUGAGCCCUCAUCAAGUGAGGAGGGGCAGGGUUUUCCUAUGCAGCUCCUAGAUCAGUCCCCACCUGGUGCUCACAAGCCCAUUUUCCUCCAGGGAAAAUAAAGUCCCUCCUGUCUUCAAGCCCACAUGUAAGGCACCUGAGGCCGAGGGAUUCCCUUUCUGUCGAGCCCCAGCCAAGGAAAGAUUUUGCAUUUGUCUUCUCUGGCUCCUGCCUCUCCCUGAUACCAGCAGCUGACAGCCAUCUUCCUGUCUCCCCCCUGCUCCUCUUUGGAGCCAGCUCUCUCAUACCAUUUCCACUCACUAGGGAGGAGAAUCUUAAGCUACUGCAAAGCGUCAGGCCUGAGUUUGAAUCUCCACUUUUCCAUUUAGCUGGGUGAUCUUGGGCAAGUUAUAAAAUCUCAGUUCCUCUUUUAUUACAUGGGACUCAUAAUCUUAUAUUCCUCACAGGGCUGAUCCAAGUACUGAACAGAACUGUAUUAAAUGCCAACCAAAGUAGUAGGUGCCUGUAAAUAGUAGCCAUUGUUAUAUACUGCCCUCUCUGUCCAGACUAAACACUCUCUUUUCCAUACGAAUCAUUCACCAUUCCUUCAUCCAUUCUCCUUAGAUGUUAUUUUCUAAGCCUUUAGUCAUUGUUCAGCUUCCCUUUGAUUCCUUAAGUUACGGAUCUUUGUACUCUAGAGGGACAAAGGGGUAGUGGGAGUGGAAGCUUCUCCAUUGAGCACCUACAGAUGGCUGAAUACAUUUAUUCUCCGAUAAUUCUUAUCAUUUCCAUGUCACAAAUGAGGAAGCUGAGGCCCAGGGACAUCCAGGCCUGUGCCCAAGGUUAUACACAUAGGUAGGAAGGGAAAGAACAGAUCUGGACCUGGGUCUGCCUGACUCCAAGCAGGAAUACUCUCCUCUCUUUUUCUUUGCCUUUUCAUGAUGUCACAAAGUUCAUUUUAGAAAUUUAUAGACCACAAAUGACAUUGCUCUUGUAUUUUCUAGACCAGUUGUUAACUUUUUGGCUCGAAGGAGAUCCUCCUGGCCAGGUUGCCCAGGAUCAGUAGACAGGUGUCUCAGGGAAAGUCUUAGAGUAUCAUGAACUAUUAGUGCUACAGCUGACCUUUUCUUCUAGAAAGAAAAUGGUCGGUAAGUCAGAAAAUUCAAGAGAGUUGGGAGGGAAUCAUGGGGAAGGGGAACAGGCUGCUGUGAGUAGGCACAUACCUGUCAGAAAAUGAUAAUGAAUUAGCCUCUGAUGAAUUAGCAGGGUUCUAUUACCAAUAAAAUUGUUUCCCUAAACUCUA